CUCUCUCUCUCUCUCUCUCUCUCUCUGUGGUUUCCUCCAUGGCUCAACUCUCCAAACUCAAUGUUAUUGAGCAAUGCCAAGUCUCUACCCCGCAAAACUCAUCUACUCCACAAGCUUGUUAUCAUCUCCCUCUAACCUUCCUUGACAUACCAUGGCUCUUCUUCUCUCCAAGCCAACCUCUUUUCUUCUAUGAAUUCCCAUAUCCCACUUCUCAUUUCACAUCGAUCACUCUACCAAAUCUCAAGCACUCUCUCUCCCUUACUCUCCAACUCUUUUACCCUUUUGCCGGAGCCCUACUGGCCCGCCCCGAACCCGGAAAACCCGAGCUCGUCUACUCCCAAGGUGACUCGGUCUCAUUCACCGUCGUCGAGUCAAAUGCAGACUUCGGCUAUCUUUCCGGGAAUUACCAAAGAUAUGUUGAAGAGUUCAACACACUUGUACCUCAACUGGCUUCAACUGGUGCACCUAGUAGUAACUGUGCUGCCAAAAUUUCACUGUUGAGCGUUCAAAUUACAUUGUUCCCAAAUUGUGGCAUUUGCAUUGGACUUGCAUAUCAUCAUGUUGUUGCUGACAAGAGAACGUUCAACAAUUUCAUCAAGACUUGGGCCUCAUUAUCUAGACAUUCAUUUUUCCCCACCAAGUCUAUCUUGCCCUCUUAUGAUCGUAAGGCCAUUGUUGAUCCGUAUAAGUUGGAGGGUAUCUUCUUGAAGGAAUGGUGGAAGCGAAUUUCUUCUCAAGGAGCAAUUAUAGGUAAUACUAAAACUGCCAUGUUAGAUCCAACGAGCAUGGUUCGGGCAACUUUUUUGAUGGACUUGACUCGCAUGGAGAGGAUCAAAAAUUGGAUUGUUAAUCUAUGCAACAAGGGAAAUGAGCCACUACCGGUACAUUUAUCUGCUUAUGUCCUAACUUGUGCGUUUGUAUGGAUUUCUUUGAUUAAAAGCCAAGAAAAAUACUUCAAUUACAAGUGUUGUGGUCAGAAUCCGAAUUAUUUUGGGUUUAUUGCGGGCGGGUUAACCCGUUUGAACCAUCCGGUACCCUCAACGUAUGUCGGUAAUUGCGUAGGGUUUGGCCGGGCAGCGGCGAUAAGGAGUGAGUUGUUGGGGGACAAUGGAAUUGUUGUUGCGGCAAGAGCAAUUGGAAAUACGGUUAAGAAGUUAGACAAGGUUAUUUUUGGAGGGGCGGAGAAAUGGAUUUCGGAUUGGAAGAUUAUGUUCGAGUCGGACCUCCAUGUUAUGGUAUCAGGAUCACCGAAAGUGGAUCUUUAUGAAACGGAUUUUGGGUUGGGGAGACCCAAAAAGAUAGAGGACGUUGGAGUUGAUGGUACUAAAGCUAUUGCACUGACUGAGAGUAGAGAUGUAUCAGGUGGCAUUGAGGUUGGAUUAGUGCUACCCAAGCCUCAAAUGGAUUAUUUCUCAACUUAUUUCAUUGAGGGACUGAAUGCUACUCCAUGACUUUCUGCUGCUUUUGCUUUGAGAUAUUCUACGUUUAUUGUCAACAGAACUGCUUCAUUUAUAUGGUAAUUUGAUUGCAAUAAUUCUAUAAGAUAUGAUCAAAUAUUUCAUUUUGAAUGAAAUGCCGCAUUGGAUUUUUAUCAAUUCCCACGAAAGUGUUCUG